UCCAACCCGACACUCGUGUUUUAAUGUUAAAAAGUAUAAAAUCACUUUCUUUGUGAAUAUAUAAAGUACUUCCCCAACUCCCUCUCUCCCUCCCAAGCCCCAUGCCCUAAAUUAGGAUAAAACAUUUGAAAUUUACAAAUAGGGCAUAAGGUGUUUGACAAAAGUCCAAAGAGAAAAAGGGCUGAUUCCUUGCUUCUUGGUGAUCAUUGUUAUAUGAUGCCUCCUAAGGCAAUAAAGCAUCGUCGAAGUGUACUUCCCGAUGCCCUUAGUUACCUUCCUGAUAACGUAAUCGAUAUCAUUCUGAUGCAUUUGCCUUCUGAAGACGCUGUGAGGACAAGCAUCUUAUCAAAGAAAUGGAGGUAUCACUGGUGUAGACUUACAGAGUUGAAGAUUGAUGAAUCUCUUUGGAAAACAGAAAAGGAUUUUCUGAACCCUACAGUUAAAUUUACAAAGAUCAUGUACCAGCUUUUGAGCCUUCAUGAAGGACCCAUUACUAAGUUUACCCUCUUUGUUGUUCAUCUAGCAAGUUGUCCCGAGAUCGACAGCUUCAUAUAUUUCCUCUCGAGGAAUAACAUUCAACAUCUUGUACUUAACCUUUCACUUAGAAAGGAAUACAGAUUGCCUUCUUCACUUUUCUCAUGUUCGCAGCUGAGGCAUCUAAGUCUUUGUUUUUGCUCAAUACAGCAUCUAUCAGCCUUUCAAGGAUUUGAUAAGUUAAUUAGCCUGAAAUUAUGUGAAGUCAAUAUUUCUUCUGAGUUGCUGGAAAGUUUAAUAUCUCAUUGCCCGUUGCUUGAGGAGUUGGAGCUGGAUAUCGCAGACAAGUCAGACACAAUUGAAAUUAAUGCCCCCAUGUUGAGAUUGUUCGAUCUCUCAGGCAAUAUAAGUUGUGUCUGCCUAAAGAAUGUCCCUCGUCUGGUAAAAGUAUUGUUGUAUGGUGACUAUAUUAAAGCAGAGGAUCUUGAUUUUGCAAAGCUUUUCGAGUGUUGUCCUGCUCUCGAGCACCUCCUCUUUUUCUCCCUUGGUUCCGAGUUCUCUGCUGGAGCAGGAUAUGAAGCACCAACAAGACUUCCGUUUAAUCUUAACAGUGUCAAACGAUUUUACCUGCCUGACAUUAUGCUGGUGGAAUCAUAUAAGCUCUCAUAUGCUCUUUGCUUGAUAAGAAGUUUCCCGUAUUUAGAAUAUCUCGAAAUAAAGAUUCAUGAAUAUGGAUUUGACUAUGAAGAUGAAGAUGAUGAACCUAUUCCAGAACCCCUUGAGCUCAAACAUUUAUGGGACGUGACAUUUAAUCACCUCAAGGAAGUUAAGCUAGGCUACGUAUCAGGAACAACGUCUGAGUUGCUGCUUAUCAAGUUUUUGUUAGCCGAGUCCCCAGUGUUGGAGAGAAUGCUAAUUGAUCGACAGUAUCUUGAUCUUGAACAUCUCGACACAAGAUUACAAAUUUUCGCAGAGAUAUCAAAUUUUUCGCGUGCAUCACCUAAAGCAGAAGUUGUCUACAUAGAUUUAAGCAGAUCUUUGUCUUACGAGUUAAAAUAUUGAAAAGAGAGAAACAAACGCUGAUGUAGUAAUAUAACAGUGUUUAUUUCAAUGUUAUGUGGUGGGGUUCCAAUGUGUUGAUUCUCUACUUAUCAAUUGCAUUUAUCUAAGUAAUAAGCACUUGAGAACAUAGACAUACUUUUUUCCCCACAAUUUGAGCCAAAAGUGUAGUAUGAAUACUUUAUCAUACGUUCAGGUACUUGAUUAAGUGCUUAAAUGUAAUUUAGGCAAGGUUCGAGUUA